AUGUCGGAUGGGAGCCUGCUAAGCAAGAUGCGCUCCGCUUUGAGGAGGGAGCAAAGCAAUUUGGAAAUGAGCGAUACUGCACCCUUUGACUUCUCAGAAGACCUGGUAGAAGAUCAAGCACCCAAAUUCAACCAACUGGAAGAGGAUGUGUCUGGAGAAAUAGCCGACUGCUCAGCUGGAGCUGCAUCCAACGAAGUGGCGGUAAACAGCGUGGUGGUCACUCCAGUGUUAAAUAUAGACCCAUGUGACAGCUGCACUAAGAAGGAGGAGAAGAUCAAACGGAAGAGAGCAAUGAAGAGACUUGGACUGGCUCUUCUGCUGUAUGUCAUUUUCAUGAUCGGGGAAAUUAUAGGUGGUUAUGUGUCCAACAGCUUAGCCAUUAUGACUGAUGCUGUUCACAUUCUAACAGACGUAAUGGGCAUUUUGUUUUCUCUGCUGGCCCUCUGGUUCUCUGCACGUCCGGCCACCAACAGAUUUACAUUUGGACUGCAUCGCCUCGAGGUGGUAUCGGCAGUGUUCAGCAUGCUGCUGAUCUACAUUCUGACGGGCAUACUGCUGUAUGAGGCAGUUCAGAGGACAAUACAUCAAGACUUCAAUAUAGAUGGCAAAAUCAUGAUCAUCACUGCAGCAGUGGGGGUGGCUGUCAACCUUAUAAUGGGGUUCUUGUUAAACCAAAGUGGUCACCUCCACUCCCACGGACAUGGUCAUUCUCACGGUUGUGGAGCUGCCCCCCCUUCCCAGUCAGGCCAUCAGCAAAACCCGCACGGCAGCCUGGCUGUCAGGGCCGCCUUCAUCCACGCUCUGGGAGACCUCGUCCAGAGUGUUGGGGUACUCCUUGCUGCCUGCAUUGUUUGCUUCAAGCCGGAGUAUAAGUUGGCUGACCCCAUCUGUACCUACAUUUUCUGCAUUCUGGUUCUCUUCACCACACUCCACAUCAUAAGAGACACAGCAGUCAUUUUGUUGGAGGGUGUUCCCAGACACCUGGACACUCAGCGAAUCAAAGAAGACCUUCUAACGCUGGGGAACAUCCAGUCCAUCAAUGAGCUGAAUGUGUGGGCGUUGAAUACCGAUAAGACUGCAGCAACAAUACAUCUACAGCUCACUCCCUCUAGCACUACCGUUUGGGAGGACGUGCAGAUGCAGGUGCGCCAUCUGCUGCUUGGCACCUACAGAGUGAGCAGGUGCACAGUGCAGGUCCAGACCUACCACGGGAGGCCAGCACAGAGCUGUGCACAGUGCCAGGAUCCCAGCACUGAUGGAGUCAUACAGGCCAUCUCGACAGACUCAGUGCCACAGGCCGAUGCCAUGGCAGGAGCCAAGGGAUGUGGAGAGUGACUUGUGCCAAAGGUGGCAACAUAAGCAGACGUACAAAUCCCUAAAGGAUCAGUAAUCUUAUCUAAUGCUUGACAACGAGAGGUUAAAUGCUUCUAAUUCAGGGUUAAGACCUAUUCUAGCACUUAAAAUCUUAUUUCUGUUUGUGAUUUUACAUUUUGACUAAAGCCGCUCUGUGGGUUUUUAAUUAGAUGACCACUGCUGCAGGCUACCUGUAACUGUCCUUGGGCAAGGCACUUCACCCACAUUGUCCCAAUUUUGUGGCCAGAGCUUUCCUCUAGUCCAUGUCUAUAUCAUUUGUGAGAUCAGUUUAAAUUUCCUUCCCAGCAUCCCCUUGCAGCUUGGGGAGAAGCCCCAAUGGGAUCUAUGACAUCACUACUAAAUGUAGGUUGUGGCGUGUGAUCGGUUGAAUUUCGACCCACGUGGGUCAAAAUUCAAAGUUGUUUCCUAACUUUAGUAGAGAAGCUUGACUCUUUGACUGGACUGGGUUGCUUGACGUGAAGACGUUUCGCUUCAAAUCGCAGAAGCUUCCUCAGCUAAAAUUCUUGCUCUGGUAGUCUGACUUCCGUCUUGACUCUUGUAAGAGUCAAGGAGCAGCCGGUGAGGGUGCCAUCUGGGGGAAAAACUCACACAUGACAACAGGUUUAAAAAAAGAAUAAAAACCAGAGGUCAGGGGGAACCAUGACAGUAAUACUGCUGAUUUCCAUUCUUCUGACCCUGGCAAUAUGUAGCAUCAUGGGCAGAGCAGAGAAUCAGAUGUUCAAACGAGCUGUAUUUGUGAUGCCCAACAGCUAAUAAACUAAACCAAGAUUUAUAAAUAAGAGCAACACCAAUGUGUACGUCAGUGGACAGGCAUCAUUUAAGGGGAGAACAGCUGUAGGUUUAAGCCAGGUUUCACAUAACCCAAUGAUAUCUAAGUGAUGAUCCAUAAUUAGAUCAUUAAUCAAUGAUGAUUUUGAGAAUAGUGAUCUUAUGUUAAU